CGGAUACCGGUAACGGAGCGGUGAGCGGUGAGCGGUGAGCGAGCGGUCGGGACCGGCGAAGUGAACGCGCGCCCGCCCGGGGCCGGGCAUGUGCGACGGGGCGGCGGGCAGAACGCCCGGGCAAGGGCGUUUGAAGGAAACGUGAGGCGGCGGCGGCGGAGGGAUGGAAGCGGCACCGGGCAAGAGCCCCGAGCCGCGGGAGAAGCCGCCGGUAUUAGAUGGGGAAGCGACAGGAGCGGCCCCGGCUUCGCCGGUGGCGGCGGAGCAGAUCGUGGCGGAGGGCGAGGCGGCGGCCACGGCGACGGCGGCGGGCACGUUCGUGCAACGGCAGCUCGGGGCCAUGCUGCAGCCCGCCGUGAACAAGUUCUCGCUGCGCAUGUUCGGUAGCCACCGGGCCGUGGAGAUCGAACGGCAACGGGUGAAGUCGGCCGGUGCCUGGAUCAUCCAUCCCUACAGCGACUUCAGGUUCUACUGGGACCUCAUCAUGCUGCUGCUGAUGGUGGGGAACCUGAUCAUCCUGCCCGUGGGCAUCACCUUCUUCAAGGAUGAGAACACCCCUCCCUGGAUCGUUUUCAACGUGCUCUCGGACACUUUCUUCUUGGCCGACCUGGUGCUGAACUUCCGGACAGGCAUCGUGGUGGAGGACAACACGGAGAUCAUCCUCGAUCCGCACACCAUCAAAAUGAAGUACUUGAAGAGCUGGUUCCUGGUUGACUUCAUCUCCUCCAUCCCGGUGGAUUACAUCUUCCUCAUCGUCGACCUGGAGACGCAGGUGGAUUCUGACGUGUACAAGACAGCGCGGGCGCUGCGCAUCGUGCGCUUCACCAAGAUCCUCAGCCUCCUGCGCCUGCUGCGCCUCUCGCGCCUCAUCCGCUACAUCCACCAGUGGGAGGAGAUCUUCCACAUGACGUACGACCUGGCCAGCGCUGUGGUGAGGAUCUUCAACCUCAUUGGCAUGAUGCUGCUGCUGUGUCACUGGGACGGCUGCCUCCAGUUCCUGGUGCCCAUGCUGCAAGACUUCCCCGAGGACUGCUGGGUCUCCAUCAACCACAUGGUGAACGACUCCUGGGGGAAGCAGUACUCGCACGCGCUCUUCAAGGCCAUGAGCCACAUGCUCUGCAUCGGCUACGGGCAGCAGGCUCCGGAGGGCAUGACCGACGUGUGGCUCACCAUGCUGAGCAUGAUCGUGGGCGCCACGUGCUACGCCAUGUUCAUCGGCCACGCCACCGCCCUCAUCCAGUCCCUGGACUCGUCCCGGCGCCAGUACCAGGAGAAGUACAAGCAAGUGGAGCAGUACAUGUCAUUCCACAAGCUGCCUGGGGACACGCGCCAGCGCAUCCACGAGUACUACGAGCACCGCUACCAGGGCAAGAUGUUCGAUGAGGAGAACAUCCUGGGGGAGCUCAGCGAGCCGCUCAAGGAGGAGAUCAUCAACUUCAACUGCCGCAACCUGGUGGCCAACAUGCCCCUGUUUGCCAACGCGGACCCCAACUUUGUGACGGCCAUGCUGACCAAGCUGCGCUUCGAGGUCUUCCAGCCCGGGGACUUCAUCAUCCGCGAGGGCACCGUCGGCAAGAAGAUGUACUUCAUCCAGCACGGGGUGGUCAGCAUCCUCACCAAGGGCAACAAGGAGACAAAGCUGUCUGAUGGCUCCUACUUUGGGGAGAUCUGCCUGCUGACGCGGGGCCGGCGCACGGCCAGCGUGCGCGCUGACACCUACUGCCGCCUCUACUCCCUGUCCGUGGACAACUUCAACGAGGUGCUGGAGGAGUACCCCAUGAUGCGCAGGGCCUUCGAGACCGUGGCCAUGGACCGGCUGGACCGCAUAGGCAAGAAGAACUCCAUCUUGCUCCGCAAGCGAGCCGAGCACAGCUCGGGGCCCAUGAACAACGAGAUGAUCCAGCAGAUCGUGAAGCACGACCAGGACAUGGCGCACAACAUCCAGGACCUGCAGCAGAUGGCCAUGGGCCGGGAGCUCAGCGGCAAGCCGGUGAUCUGGGAGCCGCUGGUGCACGCCCCGCUGCAGACGGCGGCCGCCACCACCAACGUGGCCAUCGCCUUGACCCACCAGCACAGCCUGCAGGCGCACAUCUUCCUGCCGCCCUCCUCCAUCGCCAGCCCGCUCUCCCCCGAGGCCACGCUGCUCGCCAAGCCCGUGCGCCGCUCCCAGCCCAGCCUCGGGGGGUCCCGGCCCUCCUCCAUGAGCUCCCCGUCGGCGCCGCAGUCCCACCUCCAGACGCCCGCCGCCGGGUCCCCGUCCUCGCCCAUGGUGCAGCCGCUGGAGGGCUCGGGGCAGAGACCCAGCCCCGGGGCACCGGCGCUGCCGCGCCCGGCUCCCAAGGGGGACCCCGCGGCCAAGCAGCCCCCGGCCGGCCCCCAGCCGCAGCUCUCCCGCUCCCGCGGCGCCUCGGUGUCCACGUCGCUGCUGCAGCAGGCGGCCGGGGCCCCGUCGCCCAGCUCGGAGCAGGCGCUGCCGCCCGGGAGAACGCUGCACUACAGCCUGUCCCGAGCCACCGGCUCCCACAUCUCGCUGCUGAUGCAGCCGCAGCAGCUGGUGAAGCACCGGAGCAUCCAGGGCCUGCCGCUGGGGCGGCUCACCCAGGACGUCCGGCUCCUCUCCGCAUCCCAGCCCUCCCUUCCCAACAGAGUGGCCCAGCAAGGCGACGGGAGCUCCCUGCAGCAGGGCAGGAAGGCGGCGGGGAGCCUGGCCCGCCGCUCCUCGCCCUCGGUCGCCGGGCUCCUGGCCAAGCCGUGCCCGGCGGUGCCAGCCCAGCACUCGCAGCAGAUGCCUUCAGGAUCGCUGCCUCAACCCAGCCGCACCGUGGCCGCAGCAUCCACGCCGCAGUCGCCGGUGUCCGCGUCCCGGCAAGCAGCGGGUCCCUCCCGCAAGGGCUCCGUGGCCUUCAGCCCCGAGGUGGAAACGGGGAAGCCCAAACUCCAGUCCAACAUGUGAGUGCCGGGUACAGGCAGGAGGGAGCCGGGCGGCACAGGCGGGGAGGGAAGAGGAGGUGAGAGGCAGCACGGUGGCUGCGGACCGGGUGCGGGGCAGCCCCUGGGUGAGGAGGGGGCUCUGCCGACUGCCCCAUGGCUCCCACCCGGGCUCUCCAUCACCGCUCGCCCUCCUCCUGGCGGCAGCAGGAUGGGUCAGAGCCCUCGCCCGA